AUGAAGAAAUCUUCUAAUAAGACAACCAAGGAUUCCCGCUCUCCAAACUCAAGCAAUCUCUCAGAACCCUAUAUGUCUACAAAGGAGAUCAUAAACACAAAACCUUUCUCAUGUUCUGAAUGCGGAAAAUGUUUUCGCUGGCCGUCAGAAAUUGUUAUACAUCAGAGAACUCACACAGGAGAGAAACCUUUCUCAUGUGCUGAAUGUGGGAAAUGUUUUGGCUUGCACUCAAAUCUUGUUAAACAUCAGAGAACUCACACAGGAGAGAAACCUUUCUCAUGUGCUGAAUGUGGGAAAUGUUUUAACCAUAACUCAACUCUAGUUAAGCAUCAGAGAACUCACACAGGAGAGAAACCUUUCUCAUGUUCUGAAUGUGGGAAAUGUUUUAGCCAUAACUCAGCUCUAGCUAAGCAUCAGAGAACUCACACAGGAGAGAAACCUUUCUCAUGUUCUGAAUGUGAGAAAUCUUUUAGCGGGCACUCAAAUCUUGCUUCACAUCAGAGAACUCACACAGGAGAGAAACUUUUCUCAUGUUCUGAAUGUGGAAAAUGUUUUAGCGGGCACUCAAAUCUUGUUAAACAUCAGAGAAUCCACACAGGAGAGAAACCUUUCUCAUGUUCUGAAUGUGGGAGAUGGUUUAGACAUAACACAACUCUAGUUAAGCAUCAGAGAACUCACACAGGAGAGAAACCUUUCUCAUGUUCUGAAUGUGAGAAAACAUUUAGCGGGCACUCAAAUCUUGCUUCACAUCAGAGAACUCACACAGGAGAGAAACCUUUCUCAUGUGGUGAAUGUGGGAAAUGCUUUAACGAUCACUCAAAUCUUGUUACACAUCAGAGAACUCACACAGGAGAGAAACCUUUCUCAUGUUCUGAAUGUGGGAAAAGUUUUAGCAGGCACUCAAAUCUUGUUACACAUCAGAGAACUCACACAGGAGAGAAACCUUUCUCAUGUGCUGAAUGUGGGAAAUGUUUUAACCAUAACUCAACUCUAGUUAAGCAUCAGAGAACUCACACAGGAGAGAAACCUUUCUCAUGUGCUGAAUGUGGGAAAUGUUUUGGCUUGCACUCAAAUCUUGUUAAACAUCAGAGAACUCACACAGGAGAGAAACCUUUCUCAUGUGCUGAAUGUGGGAAAUGUUUUAACCAUAACUCAACUCUAGUUAAGCAUCAGAGAACUCACACAGGAGAGAAACCUUUCUCAUGUUCUGAAUGUGGGAAAUGUUUUAGCCAUAACUCAGCUCUAGCUAAGCAUCAGAGAACUCACACAGGAGAGAAACCUUUCUCAUGUUCUGAAUGUGAGAAAUCUUUUAGCGGGCACUCAAAUCUUGCUUCACAUCAGAGAAUCCACACAGGAGAGAAACCUUUCUCAUGUUCUGAAUGUGGGAGAUGGUUUAGACAUAACACAACUCUAGUUAAGCAUCAGAGAACUCACACAGGAGAGAAACCUUUCUCAUGUUCUGAAUGUGAGAAAACAUUUAGCGGGCACUCAAAUCUUGCUUCACAUCAGAGAACUCACACAGGAGAGAAACCUUUCUCAUGUGGUGAAUGUGGGAAAUGCUUUAACGAUCACUCAAAUCUUGUUACACAUCAGAGAACUCACACAGGAGAGAAACCUUUCUCAUGUUCUGAAUGUGGGAAAAGUUUUAGCAGGCACUCAAAUCUUGUUACACAUCAGAGAAUCCACACAGGAGAGAAACCUUUCUCAUGUGCUGAAUGUGGGAAAUGUUUUAGCCAGCACUCAAAUCUUGUUAAACAUCAGAUUACUCACACAGGAGAGAAACCUUUCUCAUGUGCUGAAUGUGGGAAAUAUUUUAGACAAAACACAACUCUAGUUAGACACCAGAGAACUCACACAGGAGAGAAACCUUUCUCAUGUUCUGAAUGUGGAAAAUGUUUUGGCUGGCAGUCCGAAAUUGUAAUACAUCAGAGAACUCACACAGGAGAGAAACCAUUCUCAUGUGCUGAAUGUGGGAAAUGUUUUAGCCAGCACGCAAAUCUUGUUAAACAUCAGAGAAUUCACACAGGAGAGAAACCUUUCUCAUGUUCUGAAUGUGGGAAAUGUUUUAGCUAUAACUCAGCUCUAGUUAAACAUCAGAGAACUCACACAGGAGAGAAACCUUUCUCAUGUUCUGAAUGUGGGAAAUGUUUUAGCGCGCAUUCAAAUCUUGUUUCACAUCAGAGAACUCACACAGGAGAGAAACCUUUCUCGUGUUCAGAAUGUGGGAACUGUUUUAGCGGGCAAUCAGAUCUUGUUGCACAUCAUAGAACUCACACAGGAGAGAAACCUUUCUCAUGUUCUGAAUGUGGGAAAGGUUUUAGACAAAGCACAACUUUAGUUAGACACCAGAGAACUCACACAGGAGAGAAACCUUUCUCAUGUUUUGAAUGUGGAAAAUGUUUUCGCUGGCAGUCAGAAAUUGUAAUACAUCAGAGAACUCACACAGGAGAGAAACCUUUCUUAUGUGCUGAAUGUGGGAAAUGUUUUAGCGAGCACUCAAAUCUUGUUAAACAUCAGAGAACUCACACAGGAGAGAAACCUUAUUCUUGUUCUGAAUGUGGGAAAUGUUUUAGCUAUAACUCAGCUCUAAUUAAACAUCAGAGAACUCACACAGGAGAGAAACCUCUCUCAUGUUCUGAAUGUGGGAAAUGUUUUAGACAAAACACAGCUCUAGUUAAACAUCAGAGAAGUCACACAGGAGAGUAACCUUUCUCAUGUUCUGAAUGGAGAAAUAGUUUUGUCGGUAAACCAGAUUUUGUUAAACAUCAGAUAACUCACAUAGUAGAGUUUGUUUAAUGUGUUUAUGAAUUAACAUGGGAAUAAAACAUCUAAUAUUGUGAAUUGUUCUCAUCCUGACAAAAUAAAUAAUACAUGUGACAGUAGCAACGUAUAAA